AAAAUAAAAAAGAAGUAAAAAAUCAAAUGUUCAAAUUAGCAACAUAGAACAGAGCAUUAUUAAAUAGUUUGAUAAAGAAAAAAUUUAGUUACAUCCAAAGAUCAAACAUUAGAGAAGAACCUCCAAAUUCGGAUCCCCAAUCACCGCAUUAUAACAAAAGUUUUAACAAUGAAAAUCUCGAUUUUAAUUAAGAAUAUUAAUAUGAUAUUACUUUAUUUAAUAGAUAAUAACCAGAUGAAAUUGACUUUGCAGAUUGUUGGGAGCAUUCUUAUUAAAAUGUGUUUUGUCCGGAAUAUUUCUAUCAUUUUUGGUUUUGUGGUAUUGUAUAUUCAUUUGAACCGGAAUGGACAAUUAACUAUCCUUUUGAAAAAGGACCUCUUUCUCCAUUGUUUAGAGGAGAACAUGCAUUAAGAAGAUAUCCUACAGGAGAAGAAAGAUGUAUUGCUUGUAAAUUAUGCCAAAGUGCAUGUCCUGCAAGAGCAAUUACUAUCGAAACUGAACCUAGACCAGAUUAUUCUAGACGUACAGUUAGAUAUGAUAUUGACAUGACAAAAUGCAUUUAUUGUGGAUUUUGUUAAGAAGCUUGUCCUGUUGAUGCUAUUGUCGAAGUAUUUUUUUUUUUAAGUAUUAAUUUUUUUGUUUAUUUUUAAUUUUAAAGGGACCUAAUUAUGAAUUCAGUUAAUAUUAACAUGAAGAAUUGUUUUAUGAUAAAUAUAAAUUACUUGAAAAUGGUGAUAAAUGGGAACCUUAAAUUGCAAGAAAUAUUGAAUAUAUUAUUAGUAGACCAAUAUAAUGAUUUUUAUAUUUUUUUUUUUUUAUUUAUAACAAAAUUAAGUAUUAUUUUUAUUUUAUCAAAAUAAAAAUCUAUUUUACCCUUUAUUAAUUUUUUUACUUAUAAUUUAUUUUAUAUUUUUAUAAAUUUAUAAUAUUAUUUAUAGCAAUAGAAAAAUUAAAAAAAAAAAAAUUAUAAUUUUUAUUAUGUAAAAUACUUUUUUUUUAUAUUUCUAUCUGCCAAAAUAAUUUUUUUAAAAUUUAUUAUUAGAAUAAAAAAUAAAUUAUUUAUUUAUUAUAAAAAAUACUUAUAUAAACUUAUUAUAAUUUUUUUUAUAUUUUUUUUUAUUUUUCUCAUAUUUCCUAUAUUUUUAAUCUUUAAAAUAUAUAUUAAAUUUAAAUAAAAUUAGAUAUAAUAAUCAAAAACAAAGUUUGAAAUUUUAAAAAUAAAAUUAAUUUUAUAAAUGAAAGCUAAAAUUUUUUAUAAAUAAUAUUUAAUUUGCUAUUAUAACUGAUAAAUUUUAUUUUAAUUUUUUUUUUUAGCAUAAUGAUGAAUUAUUAUAUAAAUAUAUAAAAAAUUAAUAUAUGUAUUUUUAUUCGU